AUGGCAGCCGAGCCGGAGGACAUCCACGACGAGGAACCCUUCUCCCCUUCCAUCUUUCUUAACCUGUCCCCGACUCCUCCACACCCCGAUGACCGGGACCUGGCGGCAGCCUCGUCAUCCAACUCGUACCACCAGUACCCCAACAACCACCAAGCUCCGCAGACCUCCACUGAGAUCCUGUCCGUCUCCGACCCGUGCAUCGCCAACACCAUUAACGGCGAAGUAGGCACAUGCUUCACCCUCUCGCUGUGCUUCCCCAACACCGCCCCCGUGUUGGACGGCGUGACCUGGCCAGGGGGAUCGGCACCACGGGACAAUGACCAACGCUUGCUGGUUGAGCAGGACCUCUUUGGACGCCGCGUUCUGAACGCCGUCGCCUGUGAGGGAUUUGAUAGGGUGGAGCGUCCUGAGACGUAUAAGCAAUGGCAGGCACGGAACGAUCGGGCAGGCUUGAGGCAGCUGCCACUGGAUCCUGAUAUUGUUAAGGCUGUGAGUGACAAGGUUAGGGACAACUAUCACAGGGACUUUGUCAUCUAUGUGGAUCAAAAAUGGCUCCUGCAGGGAUGGAAGGGACGCACACUCUAUGCUAUGUCCACAUGGGUUGCAAACGAUAACGAUGGUAUCUCAGAUCCUAGCUAG